AUCAAUUUGUGUCUUAGAGAAACAGAAAUACUGUGAAAGAUUGAAAUAACCUAAAUCAUCCAAAACUAAGGCAUACAUACAUAAUGAAACAACUUCUAGUACUUAUCAUAUGAAAAAGAACAUGUAUUUGUAGAUAUUAGAAUAUCAGAAUUUGAAGCAAUUAAGAAUGUCUCUGCCAAGUAGACAAAUAGCUAUUAUUAACCCUCCACCACCAGAGUAUAUAAAUACUAAGAAAAAUGGGAGAUUGACAAAUCAACUGCAGUAUCUACAAAAAGUUGUCUUGAAGGCUUUAUGGAAGCAUAGUUUUUCCUGGCCUUUUCUGCAGCCUGUGGAUGCUGUGAAACUACAAUUGCCCGAUUAUUAUACCAUUAUCAAAAACCCAAUGGAUUUAAGUACAAUUAAGAAGCGCUUGGAAAAUAAGUAUUAUGUGGAGGCUUCAGAAUGCAUAGAAGACUUCAGAACAAUGUUCUCGAAUUGUUAUUUAUACAACAAGCCUGGAGAUGACAUUGUUCUUAUGGCACAAGCUCUAGAGAAUUUAUUUAAACAGAAAUUAUUACAGAUGCCAAAAGAAGAGCAAGUUGUGGGUGGUAAGGAAAGAAUAAAGAAAGGCACUCAACAGAAUGUAGCAGUUUCUUCUGUUAAAGAAAAACAGUCUCCUAAAGGAUCAGAAAAAGUAUUUAAGCCGCAAGUGAGUCCCUCUGUAUUUCCUGAAUCAUCUACUUCUCCUUUAAAUAUGGCACAAGGUGCUCCACCCAACUCUACCUCACAAACAGUGGCCCAGGUUACAAAGGGUGUAAAGAGGAAAGCAGAUACAACAACUCCUACAACUUCAGUAGUUAAAGCAAGUGGUGGACCUUCCCCAGCACUUCCAGAAAAAAAAACAGCCAAAAUGCCACCCGUAAAAGAGAGUGGGGGGAAGAAUGUUUUGCUGAAUUCUCAGCAACAAUAUAAAGUCAAAGUAACUGAACCAUUAAGGCACUGUAGUGAGAUUCUGAAAGAACUGUUUGCAAAGAAGCACUUUUCAUAUGCAUGGCCCUUUUAUAAUCCUGUUGAUGUUAAUGCAUUGGGACUCCAUAACUACUAUGACAUUGUGAAAAAUCCAAUGGAUCUUGGAACUAUCAAGAGAAAAAUGGACAACCAAGAAUAUAAGGAUGCAUAUGAAUUUGCUGCAGAUGUUAGAUUAAUGUUCAUGAAUUGCUACAGAUACAAUCCUCCAGAUCAUGAAGUAGUGACAAUGGCAAGAAUGCUCCAGGAUGUUUUUGAAAUGCAUUUUGCAAAGAUCCCAGAUGAACCUGUUGAGAGUAAGCCUGUAUAUAAUAUCAAAACAGAUACCACAAAGUCCCUUGGUAGAGAAAGCAGUACUGAAACUUCCUCUGAAGAUAACUCUUCUGAUGAUUCUGAAGAUGACGAAGUUCAGUGUAUUGCAAAGCUUAAGAAGCAGAUUAAAGCUGUUCAUGAUCAACUGCAGGUUCUAUCCCAAGUACCACACCAUAAGCUAAAAAAAAAAGACAAAUCUAAACGGGAAAAGAAAAAAGGAAAGGUUAAUAACACAGAUGAAAAUCCAAGAAAGAAGUUUAAGCAAAUGAAAAUAAAGGAGAAAUCUAAGAGCAAUGAGCCAAAGAAGAGGCAACAACAAGUGUUGGCUCUGGAAUCUGAGGAUGAAGAUAAUGCUAAACCUAUGAGCCAUGAUGAGAAAAGGCGGUUAAGUUUGGAUAUAAACAAACUCCCUGGAGAUAAACUUGGAAAAGUCCUUCAUAUAAUACAUUCAAGAGAACCUUCACUGAGAAAUUCUAACCAUGAGGAUAUAGAGAUAGAUUUUGAAACACUGAAAACAACAACACUAAGAGAGCUAGAAAAAUAUGUUGCUGCAUGUCUAAGAAAAAGACCACUAAAACCUCAUGGUAAGAAAAUAAUGAAGUCAAAUGAAGAACUUCAUGCACAGAAAAAACAGCAGUUGGAAAAGCGAUUACUAGAUGUCAAUAAUCAGUUAAAUUCCAGAAAAUGCCAAACAAAAUCUGAGAAAACGCCAUCAUCCACAGCUGUUGUUGGAAUUGGUUCCCGAUUGAGUGACAGCAGCAGCAGUUCGUCGGAGUCUGAAAGUAGUAGCAGUGAUUCAGUUACUUCAGACAGCAGUGAUUCCGAAUCAGAAAUGUUACCUAAAUUUACUGAAGUGAAACAGAAUGGAUCUCCUUCUAAAGAGAAAGUAAAGAAAUUAUAUUUUGUGUGUGGUUAAAACUCUGAAAGGUAAUUUUAUUUAACUUUGUCUUAACAGAUACAAUCUUCUAUGCAAGAUACAACCUCUAGUACUAUUGCCCUUUUUCAUCAGACUACACAUUCAAGUGGAACCGCACCAGAUCACCACCAGUUAGCAAUUAAUCAUCAAGAAUUAGAACAUAAACCGAGUGUGAAAAACAUUUCACCUUUACAAAUCCUGCCUCCCUCAGGUGGUUCUGAAAAUCACUUGAAUGGCCUAACUGUGAUGCAUCAGUCUGGUGAUGACACAAUGGUGGUUGAGUCUGAAUGUCAAGCUUCUGUGCAGAAGGAUAUAAAAAUCAAGAAUGCUGACUCUUGGAAAAGUUUAGGCAAACCAGUUAAAACUUCAGGUAUACGGAAAUCCUCAGAUGAGCUCUUCAACCAGUUUAGAAAAGCAGCAAUAGAGAAGGAAGUAAAAGCUCGAACACAGGAACUAAUACGGAAACAUCUGGAACAGAAUACAAAGGAACCCAAAGUAUUUCAAGAAAAUCAAAGGCACCCUGGCUCCACUCCAGAAUCCUUUUCAAAUAAGAUGCCAAACAAAUGCCUUGGAGACAAGCAAAAAGAACAUCAGCAGUCAUUGGAAGCUCAAGAGAACAGUAGACUUGGGCUUCUCAAAGACCGUAAUUUAGCAAGGGAGAGAGAGCAAGAGCGGAGGAGGAGAGAAGCAAUGGCUGGUACCAUUGAUAUGACUCUUCAACGUGACAUUAUGACAAUGUUUGAAAACAACUUUGAUUAA